CUCUGAUCAUCUCACGAUGUUCCGUUUUCAUAGUUUCCGUAUCCGUAAGCUAUGCGUUUGAUCAAGAUCUCGAAUUAGUAUGUUUUUUUCUUUUCUUCUUGCUUUCAAUUAUUGUAAGACUUUUGCGGGUUAGUGUUUUGAAUGGGCAAAGUGUGGAUCUUAGGAAUUGUUUUAUGUGGGAUGAGUACUUAUAUAUCUGGUUGUGUUUAAGAAGUGAUCUGAUGUUUUGGAUUUUUGGAUUUUUCACUAAGGAGUAUGCGUCAGUGGUGAAGCCGAAAGAACAAGUUCUAGCGGGGAGGAUGCAUCAUCUGACCCCGGAGAUCAUUGAGUCUUGGAAGAAGAAGCUGUAUGAAGCAAAAGUGAGCGUGUUGAACUUCAAGGAGUUUCAAGAAGCUCCUAUGAUCUCAGAUUGAAUGGAUCAAACAGUGUCAGUCUUAACCCCAAACAUGCCCUUUUUUGUCAUAACCUUAAACAUGUUUUUAUAGUUUUGAUCUGCGGUUUGUUCUGACAUAACUGGCUGCAGGAACUACAGGAUAACUGGCCGCAAAACGCUUUACCCGCACAACGAGUGUUCGUAGAUGUUGCAUAGGCUAUCUCAAAAUUCGAACUUAUGACAGUUUGUGCAAGACCGCUUAGGUAUGUUUAGAAUCGUAUCUGGUAUGUAAAAGAAGUUCCCUUCGGGUUUAUAUGAAAAGUCGUGCUAAUUAGUUUGGCUUCCAUGAAGUUAGUGGGAAAAUGCAAGGAAACAACUACCAGAGGAUAUCAGAGUUGCUGAGAUGAGUAUGAAUGAUUCUUGGUUCUUCGAAUCUGGACCAACUGUAAGUUCUUUAUCUUCCACAUAGCAUCUUACUACCAUCUGUUCUGAACAGUGGUUGCUUCUUUGUCUUUAUUUUACAGGUUUUUAGUGGAAAUGACAAUUUUACUACUCUGAGCAUUUCUUACAUCAAAAACGCUAACCAAUAGAAAACGAAAAAGAGAUGACUGAGUUACAUUGUUAUGGCGCCACAUCUAUGAGCUUCUACCAACUCAUCUAGAGCAGACACCUUUAGCGUCAGAAUUUCAUCUACGACUGAGUCCAAUUUCAAUCUCAAGUUGCAUUGUUGCGGCGCCACACCAUUGAAAUGGGACUCCUUUUCUGCUUGGAAUGAAGAAUUACAGAAUUUUCUGGUGUUAACUUUGACAAAAAGGUUCAUAGUGUGUAUUGGUGAGAAGGACAUGAUGAUUCUGAGCUUGUCACGAAAUCUCAUCAUCAGAUAUUGUGGUCACUUCUUGGAAGGUAUAUAACAGCAGUUUCUCUUUCCAAGUUUAUAUUAAUGUCUCAACUGUUACUCAGAUUCAUGUGUUUUUUUGUUCCCAUGAUUAUAGUACUCAGGUUUUGCAGCGAAGCUUACCAAGUCCCAAGCCAAGCAAAUCGCAGGUACUUUGUCUCAUGUCUCAUAUAUUCUUGGCUUUCUUGGAAACAAACACCUAAGUCAUGCAUUUACACAACAUCUUCAUUUGUCUCAAACACAUCUGAUGUGUUUCUCAUUGCUAAUGCUUUGUGCCAACAGAUUUACCUGAUGUGUUGUUCUUAGCUUUUUUUGCAGCCAGUCUGAAUAUGGUAAAGAAGUUAUCAUUGGCAUUGUCGACACAGGUACGUCUGUGUAUUUGUACAUACAUGUCAUGUUGCUUCUGGUUCCUCUAUCUUAGGUCUCAGUCAAUUAAAAAAUAUUUUGAUAUUCCAGGAGUGUGGCAAGACAUUGGGAUCGGACCAGCGCCAAUACGCUGGGAAGAAGGUUGUGAAUUUGGAGAGGAUUUCAACUACUGACACUGCAACAAAAAGCUCAUAAGAGUCAAAUAUGGGGUUUCUUGCGGAGAACGAAAGCUUCAACAAGUCUUGAAGUAAAAAAAUAUAUACACAAGGGAUGUUUGUAACAAAGUAAUAACUUCCAAAAUUAUUUAUAUAUAAAAAUCAUAUUAAUCAACUUCAGCUUUGUUGAAUAAAUCUCCAUCACAUCUUGUGAAUUAAUACAUCAAAAGGUAAUAUUUAAACCCAAAAAACGAACACUGAUCACGAAAAUCCAUUAACAAACUGCCGAGAAAACAUGAUAUUAGAAAAAGUAUUCAGGCUUCCACACUACUACAUACUUCAGCUCCAAAUAAAGAUUUGCGUAACUACACCAUUCAUAAUAUAAAACAACCUAAUUAGACAAACAAGUGUUACAAAACUGUGUUGUGUUCAAGUUAAAUACAAUUCUCCACACCGAAUAGAACACAAUAGUUUUACUUAAAAACAAAUACUGUACUACAUAUAAAAUUAACCAUCCAGUAACAAUCCACAUAGAUUAUGGACAGCCAAAUAAACCAAUACAACACCAACCCUCAUCGAGCUGUAUCUCAAAUGAUAAUAUAUAAAAGCUACUUAAAAACACUAUUAAUAAAAAGAACAGUCAAUUCAACAAAAAAACAUUUACUCGACGUGAGUAGUCCUUAAAACAAACUGAUAGAACAAGAAACCCCCACCCCCCAACAUAUAUAUGACAUAGCUACGACCCGUAACCCUCAUAUUUUACUAGAUAUCAAACUUAUCUUCACCGAUCUUGAAGGAACUAAUAGACCUCCAAUCCAACUGUAGAAGAAGAAAGUGAUACGUGCACUGAAUGCUUCGAGAAUUACAAUUAUGGAAUUUGCUAAUAAUUUUGACAUUUGCUAAUAAUUUUGGAAAAUAAUUGUUUUCCAUAGCUCGAAAAUAUAUUCUUUCUCACAACGUCAUACACACAUAUUAAAAUAGAUCAAAUGCAUCAUUUCUAUACUACUACCACUAACCUUUAUCAAAUGGAUCAAACAAACCCUCUUCAACUUAUUAGAUACCAAAAUAUACGAACCCGGCGCGUAGCGCCGGAAUGCCCCUAGUUUAGGUAAUAAAAUUUGUUCCUAUGUAAAGGAAAUACAAAAUAAAAUAAAAUAAAAUAAAAUAAAGCGAAACUCGUACAAUAUGAGUUACAUUUAUGUCGGGGCUGGUGGUGUAGAUUAGGACUUAUAACUAAAAUAAUAGGCCAUGUAAUCUUGAAUCGUUAAUGGGCCUACACGCUUAGCCCAGUAGAGACUCAUAGUCAACUAGCUAAUGAUAGAGCAAGGAAACCGUUGUCAAAAUAACUGUUAGGAAUUGGAUUAGCUUUAAAAGGCAAGAAAUAGGUGCAACGUCCACACGCACAAUCUCUCCUUUUCAUCUCCCACUACAUUUAUCCUCUCUUUCUCUCUGUCUCCACGUUUCUCGCCAACAAACAAACUCUCUCUUUCUGAUCUUAUAUUAUUAACCUAAACCGAAGACGAAUCUCUGAAUCUCCUGCGACAAAGCGGAAGAGAAUCGGAGGAAGAAGAACAAAGAAGAUGUGUUGUGGACGUGUUUGCAUGCUGUGCACGUGUUUGCUUUUGGUUGUGAUCGCGGUUGGGGUCCUAUUCGGGUUCGGAGUGUUCAAGGAUGGUUUCCACAAGAUCCAAGAGACCGUCCAUCUCGAAUGCGAUCCGAGGUUCGGCUGCGGCGGGGACGUUGGGCGUCGCGGUUAUGGUUUCCCAGCUCCCUCCGGUCAUAACUAGCUGUCUUCUCAUAUUGAAUUCUUUCGAACCAGCUUCAUUCAUUGUCUUUGAAUGUGUUCGGUUCGGUCGGAUUUGGAUAUAUAUCGAUUUAUUAGGAUUUAGUUUUUUCGUUAUUAUUUUAAAUUCUCUUCCAUAAUAUACGUUACAUUGAUUCUUCUUUGUGUAUUCUAAUGUUUCGUAAUCAUCUGGUUUAGUUGUUAUUAUCAUUGAUUGUUUCUUA